AUAUGAAGGUGUAUUAAAUGGCCCAUGGAGAAAGAAUCUAAGUUGUGGUUUUUAUAACUGUGGCUCCGUUCACGAGUCGGAUAAUUAAUAUUCAGUGUGACACUGUGUCCAGACAAUCAUUUUCUAGAUUUUGAGAGGCAAUGACAAUCUUAAUACUUGUUACAGCUCUAAAAUGAAAUUCAACCACGUUGUCUAAAAUUCACUCAUCUUUCAUGACCAUGUUAUUUAAACAUCUGUGAAAGGCAGAAACAAUACUAACAUUUGGUUAUGACCACAUUUCAUGUGAAAGGAAUAUCAUAUAUAUAUUAUGUUUUUAUCUUAUUUAUAUUAUAUGUAUAUAAUAUGUCAAAUGGAAAAAUAUGUAUAGCGAGUUGUAACAUGUUUUGUUGAGGUUGUAUCCUCAUCUUCGUCCCUUUGGGUUUUCAGGCAGGGUUAGCUGUGAGCCUCCUCUGCUGGUCAUACAUGUGAAUUACACCUUUCUAGUAAACCAGCGCAUUAACCACCCAAGCUAAUAGUUUUACCAUUGAACAAUGUUUGUCAUGACAUGUUGAUCAAUUGCAUUUACAUUUUCCAGCACUAGUUUAGUCUAAGUGACUCAACAGUGUCAUUUUUAUGUAAAAUUGUUAUUAAGUCAAGUAUUUUGCUGCAUUUCCAGACUUUUUUGCUUUGGUGAUCUUUGCUGUUGCCUAUGGUUUUGCUGGCCAGUGAGACUUAUACAUUGUUAAACUUGCUUCUGGGAGAAAAAGAGAAAAAGAGAAGACAGAAGGUUCUUCUUUCGUUUUUUAACACUGAUUGUUUAAAAGAUACAAACGAUAGGAUUGUUAUUUUAUUAUAAUUUAUGUGCACCUUGAUGUAUAUUUUGCUGAUAUAUUAAAGACACCAGAUGUAUUUGAAUGAUGACUUAACAAAAAUAACGUGGCUCAGAUGAACAGUGAGGCUAAUGGGCCCUCUUCUAUAGCUACCUUCAUAGGCUCACACAAAUUGUCAUUGUUAGCAGACUUUAUUCUAAGGGAUCGACUCAAGUGUUAUUUUUUUCAAAGGUGAACAAAUGCAAAGGUGAAUAGACUUGAUAAGGAAACAGAAUAAAGGCUGUAGCCAGAAAAGCACUCUGCAUCCCAGUAAUUAACAGAGGCUGCAGUCGAUUCCCCUUCACCAGCGACCCUGCCUGCGGCCAUUCCCACUUCACCACAGCAGUGCAAUCAUUGACUGUUUAGGACCCAUCUGGACACAGAAAGCAGGGCACCUACACUCACAGUCACAACCAGCUGUCGGAUUUGCAGAGGGUGAUGCUUGAUUUUGUGAGGCUGUCACAACAAUCACUGUUUCAUUAUGGCUAGUGUCUUUGUGACAUCAUCCAUGAUCUCGACCAAUUAUUGCACCCUGACCCAUUCCGAACCAAAUUCUGACCUGAACCCUAAAACCAGGUCUUUACCGUACAACCUCAUGCAGUGAAGCGUGAAGUGGCUCAGUACCGAGGGUCAUGUCUAGCUCACGUUGGUGCACUUGUUCUACCAUUCAGACCAUGGAACCUCAGACCGUUGGUGGUUUCUUUGCAGACGCAGGGAGAGGAAUGGGGCAGUUUAGUCGGAUAGCUAUCCUGGAACCACAGUAAGCGAUGCUGGAGCCAACUCCUGCAGUAGCUGUUGCUGAUGCAUUCUUCUGUUUAUGUUUUUUUUAGUGGGAAAAUCUGCAUGUGCCUGUUUGCAUUUUCAGUUCAAGUCAGCCUCCAGACCUUGAACUUUACCCCCACACAGACACUAUAGCAGCACUAUAAAAACCUAUGUGCUCGUUUCUCUGCGGCUGCAGGAAUCAAUGUGACGAGGACAUUAAAAAGGGAGGCGCUACCUCUCAGCUCACAGGCUGGUUCAGUAGUAGUACCAGCGUUUGUUUGGGAUUGUUCAUACACUUCAUACACAUUUUCCAGGUUGAAGAUCCAGGAGAGGAGCAGCUGCUGAUCUCAAAUACUGCAUUGCUGUUUGUAGUAUUUUUGUUAAAAAUUAUUCUACAACUGGAAUUUUCUUUGGCUGUUGACUAGAUUUGGUUAUUACUCAUAAUAGUCAAUGACAAUAGGCAGUCUGGUUGACCCAGACACUUCACAACAGUAACCCAGGAGGAGCAACGGCGUCUAAGUGUUCAAGGAAGCCCUGGAUGAGCAGUGUGUCCACUUGGAGAGAGUGGGAGAGAAGGAGGCACCGACCGCGAAGAUGACAGAUGUUGAGAUCAAGGAGAACCAGGGGCUUGUGCCCUCUGACAAGAAGCGUGGCAUGGAUCCCCGAACCGACCGUCGGAUAAGCGUUCAGAGGGGUUUUGGCACCUCAAGGCAGAACCAGAAUGAACACUACAGCUCCCUGUCCAACAUAAACAGCUUUGAGGACUUUGAGGAGUUUGUUUUAGAUUUUGAUGACUAUGACUUGCUUGAGUCAAUCCACACUCAGCUGGGGUCCCCGAUCGAGCCCAUGCGUCACAGGUUUGAGGACAACCCUGGAGUGAGACGCCACCUGGUGAAGAAAUCAUCCCGAUGCCAGGUGAGCCGUGCCAGCAUCAGUUCUGCUCCGCUUUCCAGCCUGAAGAAGAAGAAGAGGGCUGCAGAGAAGAAAACGCACGAGCUGUUCGUGGAGCUGAACGAGCUGAUUGUGGAGAAGGACCAUGAGAUGCGCUGGAAGGAGCGUGCUCGCUGGAUCAAGUUUGAGGAGGAUGUAGAGGAAGAGACCGAUCGCUGGGGGAAACCUCACGUGGCCUCACUCUCCUUUCGCAGUCUCCUGGAGCUUCGCCGGACCAUCACCAACGGUGCCAUCCUUCUGGACCUUGAGCAGAACUCUCUUCCUGGUAUCGCUCAUCUGAUGGUGGAGACAAUGAUCAUCUCUGACCAGAUCAGAGCUGAGGACAGAGCCAGCGUUCUACGGGCUCUGCUUCUCAAGCACAGCCAUCCCAGUGAUUUUAAGCAUCGCUUCCAUCGCCACCACUCGUCCGGCAGCCUCCACGGUGCCUUCAAUCACAACCAUGUGCAGGACACCAAUGUGCCGCUAGUGGCCGAGGAGCUCGACGAACACCAUGACGGAAAAGGGCCUUUGUACGACCCCAAACAGGACGUGUUUGUCAGCCUCUUCAAAUCACUCCACCCUCUGCCUCCUGAGAGCUAUCCAGCCACGGCCAGAUCGCUGAAGCUUCUUGCCAAAAUUCCCAAAGAUGCUGAAGCUGUCAUCGUUUUAGUCGGGUGUGUUGAGUUCCUGGAGCAGCCGGCCAUGGCCUUCGUGAGGCUGAGCGAGGCUGUGGCUCUGGAGUCGGUGCUGGAGGUCCCCGUCCCUGUUCGCUUUAUGUUUGUCCUGCUUGGUCCCAGUCAAACAAACGUGGACUAUCACGAGAUCGGACGAUCCUUUUCCACUCUGAUGUCCGACAAGAACUUCCAUGAGGUGGCCUAUUUUGCUGAUGACAGACAAGACCUCCUGAAUGGCAUCAAUGAGUUCUUGGACUGCAGCAUCGUCAUCCCUCCCUCAGACGUGGAGGGCAAAGACCUCCUGAAGACCGUCGCUGACUUCCAGAAGCAGAUGCUGCGCAAGAGGAGGGAGCGAGAGCUCAAGAGGCAGCACUCGCUGUCUGGGGUGGUGCAAGACAGCAAAGAGGUGGUUCCGGAGGAGGAGGAGGAGGCAGACCAGGAAGUGGACCCACUGAAGCGCUCAGGAAUCCUCUUCGGAGGCUUGAUCCAUGACAUCCGUCGCCGCUACCCUCACUACGUCAGCGACCUGAAGGACUCGCUGGACAUGCAGUGCAUCGCUGCCGUCAUCUUCAUUUACUUCGCUGCCCUGUCGCCGACCAUAACCUUUGGAGGGCUGCUGGGGGAGAAAACAGAGGGCAUGAUGGGAGUGACGGAGCUCAUCGUGUCCACUGCGACUCUGGGAGUGAUUUUCUCGCUGCUGGCUGGUCAGCCCCUUCUCAUCAUUGGCUUCUCAGGACCCCUGCUGGUGUUUGAAGAAGCCUACUACAAGUUCUGUCAGACCCACAACUUCGAGUACCUGACCGGUCGAGUAUGGAUCGGCUUCUGGCUCAUCUUCAUCGUGCUGGUGAUUGUGGCAGCAGAGGGGAGCUUCCUGGUCCGCUACAUCUCACCCUUUACCCAGGAGAUCUUUGCCUUCCUCAUCUCACUCAUCUUCAUAUAUGAGACCUUCUCUAAGCUCAUCAGGGUGUUCCAGGAACAUCCGCUCCUCGCAGUUUACCCCAUUGACUCCGCUCCAACUACUGGCUUCAACGACAUUGACAUCCCCAUCUUCAACCAGCCCAACACUGCCCUUCUGUCUCUGGUCCUCAUGAUGGGCACCUUCUUUGUUGCUUUUUUCCUCAGGAAGUUCAGAAACAGUCGCUUUUUGGGUGGCAAGGCCAGAAGGAUCAUCGGUGACUUCGGCAUCCCUAUCUCAAUUUUGGUUUCAGUGAUGGUGGACUACUCCAUCACUGACACCUACACACAGAAACUCAACGUGCCGUCAGGCUUCUCAGUCACAUCUCCAGAGAAGAGAGGCUGGAUUAUCAGUCCCUUUGGCGAUAAGCACCCCUUUCCCACCUGGAUGAUGGGAGCAUCCAUCAUACCCGCCCUCCUUGUCUUCAUCCUCAUUUUUAUGGAAACUCAGAUCACUUCACUGAUAGUAAGUAAAAAGGAGCGGCGCCUGGUGAAGGGCUCUGGCUUCCACCUGGACCUCCUGCUCAUCGUGACCCUGGGCGCCAUCUGCCCUCUCUUCGGCCUGCCGUGGCUCACGGCGGCCACUGUGCGCUCUGUCACGCACGUCAACGCACUCACAGUCAUGAGUAAAGCCACCGCACCUGGUGAAAAGCCAGUGAUCCAGGAGGUGAAGGAGCAGAGGCUGACUGGGCUUCUGGUGGCCGUCCUGGUUGGUAUGUCCAUAGUGAUGACGGACGUCCUGCGCCUCAUCCCGCUGGCUGUGCUCUUUGGCAUCUUCCUGUACAUGGGCGUGACCUCACUGACAGGCAUCCAGCUGUACGAACGCAUCACGCUUAUGGUCACCCCUGCCAAGCAUCAUCCAGACCACGUUUAUGUCACCAAGGUGAAGACAUGGCGUAUGAACAUGUUCACCAUCUUUCAGCUGGCCUGCAUCGUGGCUCUGUGGGUGGUGAAGUCCAGCGUUGUGUCCUUGGCGUUUCCCUUCGUCCUCAUCAUGACGGUUCCACUGCGACGUGUCGUCCUGUCAAGGAUCUUCGAGGAGCGCGAGCUGCAGGCGCUGGAUUCUGAUGAAGAUUCUCCUAACUUUGAUGAAGAUGGACGAGAUGAGUACAACGAGAUCCACAUGCUGGUCUAGGUUUAAAUCAGAGCCAAUCCAUAAAUCCCGUGACCUCCAAACAUGAUCCGCUGAUGUGCAGGGAGCAGCAGCCACAGGGGCCUCGUCUUACCUUGUCUUUCCUCCCUAACAUUAGUUAGCACUCUCCAACCAAUCUAUCUGAACCGCUGAUGCAAAUCCAACAAAACGAAGACACUUUCAUUCCUUUCUGUCUCUUUAACUACUCUGCAGCUUUUGGGCGUAGGUGUAAUGACGACAGUUCCUGCAGGACUAGGUACGAGGCUUUAGGCUGACUUUUCACGCUCAUUUUCCUUACACUUAAGAAUAAAGAAUUGGGUUUUUAUGAAGCAUCAUUGUUGACAAUAAAUUCUAGAGCCUGAAUGUUGCCUGCUUAGAUAGCUGCCCCGUCCUUUGUGCUGCUGACCUUGCCUGGACCAAGAUGUGAACAAGGAAGCAGGACUUUAGUGAGAGCUCGCUGAUGAUGUAAGGAGCGGUUGGUGUAGAGGCUGAGCUCUAAGCUGUGGAGGCCUCCUCAGGGUGUGACUGUGCUCUGUUAGCUGAUUAAUGCCCCACACAGUCUACUGACCUUAUUAGCGUGACCUUGGAUGUAUAAUGUAUAUAAUUUAUUAAUCUCAACCUUAUUUUUCUACUUUGUUGUCAGUGUUUGUUCUGUGUCUUUUGGACUUUGGCCGUUCCCACUGAUGUUUAGAUUCCAAAUACUUUAAAGCGUUAGUAUUAAAUGAAACCAAUAUGUAGGCUGACUCACUCAGAGCUGAAAAUAUUACCAUCAUUAUUCAUGAACUCUUUCUUCUUCCCUGCACGACGUCCAGCGUGUGGUGCAUUUUUCACAUAUGUCAUAAAUAAUAAAACACACCUGACUGGAAAAGCAUAGAAACUAAGCAAAAAGAGUAGAUGAAUGAUGUGUUGUACAAUACGACUGUGCGUGUGGAAUUAUGAAUAAAUCUGUGUUCAGACCGGUUUGGAAAUAGAAAGAGAUUUAGUUUCGACCUCCUACAUUGUGCUUAGCGUGGAGCCGUGACUGGCUCCUUCCACACACCGUGGCCGGUGUCACUGAGCUUCAUCACGGCAUGCUACUGUAUGCUCAGUGUGUCCUGGCAAACGACUUCAUCGGGUCAGCGUGUGCUUCCAUCCAUGUCAAAUCCAAGUCAGAGGUGGAGAAUGCACACGGAGGCCUCAGCCCGGACUCGUAUUGACGGCUAUGACACGAGUUUGGAAGAGGUUUCUACAGUCUCUGUAAGCUGACAGAUUACCACUAUUAUUACGGCUUUUUCAAAAUGGAGGAUGCUUCUGCACAUUUGGUGCAGCAGCAUUUAUUGAAUAAUGUGAGUAAUAACCUGUGUUUUUUAUUGGGGUCCAGUGUGCAGGGCCUCAAGAAGUUUUGAUGUGAUCUGUUUGCAGAGUGAACGCGGUUGAGGCUUACGUGGACGUGUUUGUCGUUAGUCCAGUAAAGGUGAGGCAAACGCCUACUGGAGGCAGCUCCACGUCAUGACUGAGUGGACAUGAUUUACAGGUUCAUGUUUUAACGUUGAGCAGCUCCGUGACACUGGCCUCACCGCGGCCACGACGCUACUGAAUGUAAAUGAGGCUGGCUGCUCACAGCUUCAGCCAAUCGGGACGAUUUAACACUGCAUUAGGAGAUAAAGUCUCAGUGCGCUGGUACUGGACAUGACCCCUGGCCCAUUGGUGAGCAGAGAUGCUUUCAUUCUCUGUGUUUGGUCUGUUUCCCUCCUUCCUUAUAAAAUCCUCCUGAAAACAGAGUCAUUCCUAGAACUGUCAUGGAGAUGCACUGAGCUAUAGCAUUUACAUAAUGGCCAUAAUAGCCUGAAACCCAAGUAGUUCCACAGUCUGAAGGUCGGACAGGCAGAUUUUAACUCAAGAUCUAAUUGUUCCUAAUUCAACAUGAAUCGAUAUCAAUAUCAACAGCACAGGCUUGACAAAUGCACAGAAAAGCUCAGUUUGUCUGUUCCCUAAAGCUAAGCUGCAGUAACUGCAUCCGUUCAUCCAAAUGGUGCCACGGCGACCUCACAGUUAUCAGACUCUGCAGCUCAGCUGGACUGUUCAACGUUUCCACCAGGGCAGAACCUGUGAGCGUAUAUCACACUUGGCAUAAAAUCCUUCCAGUGUUUGCACAGGAGGAAAGGUAGAAUUUAAGAAAAUAGCAUAUGUAGAGCUGCCACUUGUCUGGAGGCUUGAAGUUUUCUGACCCUGGAGAAGUUCUGCUUUGUGACUGUUCUGUUCACCACAUUUCGUCACUUUCUAGCAGCGUAGUCGGAGGCCGGACCACCCAGCUAAUCUAAAGCGCCCUUAUUUUGCUAACCUCUUUAAAUUCAACUUCAUUGACUUGAGUAGAGACAUCUGGCACAGUGUGUUACUGCAGCUCCAAGCAUCACAUGCUCUAAAACCAUAUAGUACAUAUGAAGCAGACCUUUGUCCUUUUCUUUGUUUGACCUUUCAACAGGAAAACCCUGCUUACUGGAGCUUUUCUGUGUUUUGAUGGCACCCGCUGGAUUUAUGGCAACGUGAUGAAUCUUGCGCAUGUUGGCCAGUGUGUGAUGCUUCAACAGCGUCUCCAUCUUGCUACUAUAUAUGAACAGGUUUUCAAACCACACAAGCUUCUGUCUGAAAUAAAUGUUUAUUGUGUGAUUCAAAGACAAAACAACCAUGUGACAUUCUUCAGUGUGUUGCUGUGACAUUUACAGUAGUCAGGUAUAGCUUCCAGAGAUGGGCCAUGUUCAGUUCCAUCCUACAGGUCCAGCAGCAGGUGCCUUAAUGAGUCCUAAUGUUUGAUCAAGUAACUACGGUGCCAGUAUUACACAGGAGGCAUCUAGAGACUUCUAUACGGAACAUAGUGUGGAUAAUAAACAAUGUCCUAAGACAGUC